AUGGCUAAAAGCGGCAACCAAAUCGAAAAACUAGCAGAGGCUCCCGUGGAGUUCGUCAAGGACGGCAGCGCCUUCAUCCAAAAGUGUAAAAAGCCCAACAGCAAGGACUUCACCAAGAUCGUGAGGGCUGUGGGCAUCGGUUUCCUCGCUGUUGGCGUGAUCGGCUACGCCAUCAAGCUGGUGCACAUCCCCAUCAGAUAUCUGAUCGUCUGA